AUGGGCCUACGGCUGGACCAGAGACUAUUUAGCAAAGUCACGGUAGUCUUCGCAGCUCUCGUUCUCUCGCUGUUCAACAGGGUCCUAGUCUCAACUACCGGGUCGACGUUCAACGAUGCUGUACACAUCACGGCCAUCGUGGGCGAAUCAGUCGUGUUCAACUGCCAAGUGGAGUUCCCAGCCGAACACCCCGUGCCUUACGUUUUACAGUGGGAGAAAAAAGGUCUCGACAUACCGAUAUUCAUUUGGUAUGACAACUAUCCCACACACAGCGGUUCGGGAUACGAAGGCCGAGUGGCUAGAGUCUCCCAGGACUCUCCAUACGGUCUCGCUUCGCUCAACUUGACCAAUAUACAAGAGUCGGACCAAGGUUGGUACGCCUGCAAAGUGGUGUUUCUCAACCGGUCACCAACCAAUAAAAACGGGACGUGGUUUCAUCUAGACGUCCACGCUCCUCCGAAAUUCGUCACCAUCCCCGGUGAAGUACAAUACAUAAAUGUCGGAGAUUCCAUUAUUCUAAACUGUCAGGCUGUGGGGACACCUACGCCCGAAAUCGUGUGGUUCAAAGACGCCACAGACGUGCAGCCGACGACCACUGUAGGCAUAUUCAAUGAUGGUACUGAACUGAGGAUAUCAAACAUCCGAACUGAGGACAUCGGGGAUUACACAUGCAUCGCCAGAAAUGGCGAAGGACAAAUUAGCCACACGGCUAGGGUUUUGAUAGCUGGAGGAGCUGUAAUCAUGUCGCCUCCAACAAACCAGACGAAACUGGAAGGCGAAAAAGUCGAAUUCACGUGCGGUGCAAAAGCCAUGCCCGGUAAUGUCACUGUCCGGUGGUCUCGUGAUGGAGCUUUUGUGAAGUCAAUUUCAUCGUUGGAAACCAGAGUGACCAUCAAAAAAGAUGGUUCUAUGGUUAUAAAUCCCGUCAGCGCUGAUGACUCGGGUCAAUAUCUCUGUGAAGUCAGCAACGGCAUUGGUGACCCACAAUCCGCGUCUGCCUAUUUAAACGUCGAAUAUCCAGCCAAAGUUACAUUCACACCGACCAUACAGUAUUUACCGUUCAGAUUAGCUGGCGUUGUUCAAUGUUACAUUAAAGCUAACCCGCCUUUACAAUACGUCACAUGGACCAAAGACAAACGUUUGCUCGAGCCUUAUCAGCAGAAAGACAUCGUUAUCAUGAACAACGGUUCGCUGUUAUUUACCAGGGUCAAUCAAAACCACCAGGGAAGAUACACGUGUACACCCUACAAUGCACAGGGUACUCAAGGAUCAUCCGGGCAAAUGGAAGUGUUAGUGAGGAAACCUCCAACAUUCACCGUUGAACCAGAGAACAUGUACCAGCGCAAAAUCAGCGAAUCAGUGGAGAUGCAUUGCGACGCACAAGAAGCCGAAGGCACCCAAAAGCCCAAGAUUCAAUGGCAAAGAAGAGAUGGGGCUCCGUUGCCCAAAGGUCGUCACAGCAUACACGGUGGUAAUAUCACAAUAGAAAACCUCAGAAAAACCGAUUUUGGAUAUUAUCACUGUGUCGCGAGUAACGAAGUGGCCACAAUAGUUACAACCACUCAUUUGGUCGUCGAGGGCACUCAGCCACAUGCCCCUUACAACGUUUCGGCAAACGCUUCUGAGACGACCGUUACACUUCAGUGGCUACCCGGUUAUAGCGGCGGUCCCGAUUACAAACAGGACUAUACGAUUUGGUACAAAGAACCAGGGAUGGCGGACUGGUCUACAAUACCUGUCACUCCGUCGGGGAGCACACAAGUCACCAUAAACAGACUAACUCCGGACACGACGUACGAGUUUCAAGUGGUAGGGAAGAACGCGUUGGGCGAUGGAAUGCUUAGCAAAGUUAUUUCGAUCAAGACACUGGCAGCCGUACCAUUAACCGUGGCCAAAAAAACAAGUCCCGCGCCACCGGUCACCGAGUUACCUCCUCCCCCAAGCGACGACGUUGUCGACUAUAGCGACCUCAUUUUACCCACUGAAUCUUCUGGUGCUACAUUGUACCCACCGGUAUUCAGACCAAAAGGACCAAAACCCGGACCACCGAGAAAUGUAUCCAUCGCCGAAGUCAAAAAUGGCUUCGUCAUAUCUUGGCAAGCUCCAUUAGAAAGAGCUCAUCUAGUCCGUUACUACGUCAUCAACUAUAAGACAGAUGGGAUUUGGAGAACUUUGAACAAAGCACAAAUCAGAGCAGAGGACACACGUUAUCUGGUAAAAAGUCUGGUGGGAGGUCGUACCUAUUAUUUCCGAGUGGUCGCGUACUCUUUAAAGAGUUUCGAAAACAGCGAAGAAAUCAAAUUCCCCGUACCGGCCAGGGUGAAACAUAAGGCCAUCACAGCGGGUGUCGUUGGCGGGCUGUUGUUCUUCAUCGUCGCCAUAAUAUUGUCCGUGUGCGCCGUAAAGAUUUGCAACAAGAGGAAACGGAGAAAACACGAAAAAGCUUACAACAUGGUCGCGUGUAGAAUUACGGACGCCAGAAAUGGUGGCCAAAUACCGGGGACUAGUCAAGUGCCUUUAAAAAAGAUAACAGGUGAAGAGCUAGCAAGCUGUUGA